UGGUCUCAGAUCCUGAAGCGUGGUUGUCAUGUGAACGACCGCGACGGUUUGACUGACAUGACGCUGCUCCACUACAGCUGUAAGGCCGGAGCACAUGGAGUUGGCGACCCGGCGGCAGCGCUGCGUCUCACCAGUCAGCUGAUCUCUUUGGGCGCCGACGUGAGUCUGAGGAGUCGCUGGACCAACAUGAACGCGCUGCACUACGCCGCUUACUUCGAUGUCCCAGAACUGAUCCGAGUCCUGCUCAAAUCUGCCAAACCCAGAGUGAUGAACUCGACGUGCAGUGAUUUCCACUACGGGACAGCUCUCCACAUCGCUGCCUCCAACCUCUGUCUGGGUGCCGUCAAAUGUCUGCUGGAGCACGGAGCCAACCCGACUGUCCGGAAUGAUAAGGGCCAGGUUCCAGCAGAGGUGGUGCCCGACCCGAUGGACAUGAGUCUGGACAAGGCUGAGGCUGCCAUGGUGGCCAAGGAGCUGAGGCAGCUGCUGCUGGACGCCGUCCCCCUGAGCUGCAACCUGCCCAGAGCCACGCUCCCCAACUACGACAACAUCCCGGGAAACCUGAUGCUGUCGUCACUGGGGCUGAAGCUGGGGGAGCGCGUGGUGCUGGAGGACAUGAAGGUCAGAGGCAUCAGUGGUUUUUAAGAGUCAGACACACUCAACGCUCAGUUUCAGUCUCGGGACAGAAAGAU